AUGGAGUGGAGUCUAAAUGUUGGUUUUUACUGUUUGAAAUUUCAGGGUAACAGAUAUGACCAGGAGCGACUGCUGAAAAAGAGCUGCACCCUGUAUGUGGGGAAUCUCUCCUUCUAUACAACAGAAGAGCAGAUCUAUGAACUGUUUGGUAAAAGUGGCGAUAUAAAGAAAAUCAUUAUGGGCCUGGACAAAGUGAAGAAAACUGCUUGUGGUUUCUGUUUUGUUGAAUACUACUCAAGAGGAGAUGCUGAAAAUGCAAUGAGAUACAUCAAUGGGACACGGCUUGAUGAUAGGAUCAUCAGGACAGAUUGGGAUGCAGGUUUUAAAGAGGGCAGACAGUAUGGUCGUGGAAGGUCAGGGGGUCAGGUCCGAGAUGAAUAUCGGCAGGACUAUGAUGCUGGGAGAGGAGGUUAUGGCAAAGUUGUUCAACCCCAGUGAAUAUUGAAUGACCCAUCAGCAUCCCAGGAGAACUGUAGCUGCAUCGUGGUAGAUCUUAUGAUGAGCAGCGAAGGGCAUCUGUUGCACAUGAAUGUUGUUUAGGUAACUGAGACUUAGAAGAUUUUUUUUCAGUGUUGCUGAGAUCUUUAAAUAUAUUCAAUGUCUCUUCCAUUUUUCAAGACCAGUUACAAAAUCAGGAUCAAAGCUAUACUUUAAGUGUUGUAGGGUAGAUAAUAGAAUAUAGUGAAGAUCUGGGAGUAAAACUUAUAGCACUGAUUCACAUGAGACAUGUGAUUGCUAACUGCUGCUUUUUUUAAUGUUUGAAGUGUUAUACUAGCCUGAGCCAGAGUUCUUUAACAGUAUGU